AAUUUGAAAAAUAUAAUUAUUGAAUUCAAAAAUCAAAUAUAAAUCUUGAAAACACAAAAGAACAUUUAUUUUGUUUUUAGUAUUAUUGCAUAUCUUAUUUCAAACUACAAUAGUAGUAUACAUGAAUGACUUUAGUUUAUUAUAUUAUAUAUAUUGUAUAAGUUUAAAAAAUAAAAUAAUGCGAUUUGACCAAGAAAGUAUUUGUUUAAUAUCUUUUUAGAACAAAUAAUAAUUUUGGAGUGUUUCACUUUUCUGGAUAUUUGAAAAUCACCUAUCUAGUCAAUGGCGUACCCUUUCUUCUCUCUUUGGUAGCAAAAAUAGAUUUUGUGUUCUGAGUUAAUGUUUGCAUUAAUAUAGGAAUUUGAUCAUUAAUAAGUUGAGGAAAAGAAAAAAAAAGGAAACUAUACAGCUAAGGGUAUAACUACCAUAUUGAAUCAUGUAUCCAAUUCCACAAAAAAUGUAGCGAUUAUUUUUUUUUGAAAAUAAUAAGCAAAUUUCAUAUUGAAUCGUUUUUUUUUUCUUUCUGUUUUUAGCUUUUUUUUUUUAAAGAUCCGUAUCACUUUUGUUUCUGUGGUUUUCCACAUCUUGUACUGAAAUAUUUUUAAUUUUAUUUAAACAUAACUAAUUGUUUUUAACUCAUUUUAUUUUGUGAGUUAGUGCGUUAAUGUUGUAAUACUUUUAUAAAAGUUGUAGAAGGUGUAAUUGAUCCAAUUUAUAUACCCACCCACAAUUGUCCUUUCAAUCUCAACAUGGGUGUAUAGAUAGUUACCCUAAUAGGGGCAUUUUAAGAAAGUUUAUUUUUCUUUGCCAACAAAGAUUCUAAACGCCAUACUGUAGGAGUGUUUUUUUUUCUUCCAAAACCCAUUUCAUACAAGAUGAUGUGAGAGAGGAAGAAGAAAUUUGAAAAACUAUGUAAAGGUGGUUUUCAGGUUGUCAAUGCCAUGAACAUCAUUUGUGUUUGGGGUAUUGAUGAAAUAACUGUAACAAUUCAAAGUAAUAGUUUCUUUUUACAAAAAUUAAGCGUCCUACUCCUUUUAACAUCAUGUAAUUAUAAAUAGAGGAAAUAAUUUAUCACGUUGAAAUUUUUUAUCAAGAAUAAACAAGUUUCUCUUUUUCAAGUCUUGUCUAUUGACAUGGUUUUGGGUUAUGUUUUGGAGUCUGCCUUGUUUUUUUGUGUACUCAGUUGUUUGCUAUGUGACUUUCCAUGGCCUCUAGUAGCAAUCCCAUGCAAGAUUUGGAAUCAAAUAUGCCAAUAUCAAUCUGGAGGAGGAGAGGGAAGGAUUAUCAUAUGAUACGGUGGAGGAGAUUGAGGUGGGUUUGGAUGCACGUUGGUGCUUGGUGGGGCAUUUUGUUCCAGAAAAGGCAAUAGAUUUUAUGGCAAUGCAGAACAUGAUCGCAUCCUUGUGGAGGCUAGGCAAGGGUUUAUACGUGAAGGAACUAGAUCAUAAUCUGUAUAUCUUCUAGUUUUACCAUGAAGGUAGAUAUUAGAAGGACUACUGAUGGUAGUCCUUGGGCUUUUAAUAAAGCUCAACUAGUGUUUGACAGAAUGAAGGUAGGGGAUAAUCCAAGGACUGUGGUGCUGAACAAACUGGAAAUAUGGGUUCAAUUGCACGAUUUACAACCUGGGUUUAUGCCUGAAAGGGUUGCAAGGGAUGUUGGGAACUAUAUUGGCACAUAUGUAGAAUCGGACCCCAAGAACUUCACAGGAAGAUGAGGAUACGUAUAAGAGUGACAAUCAAUAUAGAGGCCUCUCUGAAAAGGAAGAUGAAGAUGCGUAAAAGUGGAAGUAAUUGGUUCUAGGUCUCAUUCAAAUAUGAAAGGGCUCCCACCUUUUGUUUUAUCUGUGACAUUAUUGGUCAUUCCAAUGGUACUGCGAUCGUUUGUUUGAGGCACCCUUAGAAGAAAUUGAAAAACCAUAUGGCUCCUGGAUGAGAGCUUUGCCAAGGCGUCCACAUUUGAUGAUUGGAGCAAGGUGGCUACGGCAAGGAGGAGAGAUGCAAGUUCGGGCCAAUGAUGGCAGCAGAACGUCAAACAGAGAUACUGCUACGCCGGUUAUGGAAACUAGCAUAAAUCGUGGGCCACUUUUAAGAGACUUUAAUGCGCGAUUAAGUCAGAAUGGGAGAGUGAUGGCUGGUGCUUAUUGAAGCUUUCUAUAUUUUGGAAAAACUGCUUCUUAUUUUUAUCGUGAGAUGAGUACAUACAUAUAUACAAAGUAUCCAGUGCAUAUUGCCUAAAAUAUCUGCUGUAAAUUAGGACCUAAAUAAUACACAAAUCUGACUAAUAUAAAAUAUCAAUAUAUUAGGAAACUAAUCCCUAAGAAUCAGCUAUACAGCUAGUAAUACGCCUAGAUUGAUAUUCUACACUCCCCCUCAAGCUAGGUGAUAUAUAUUUUCCAAUCCAAGUAUAGUACUUAGUUUGGUGGGCUUGGGCCAAAAUUAAGCUUUAGUUAGGAUGUUUGCUGCUUGUUGUCUAGAUGGAACAUAGUUGAGUGAGAUUGUCUUGCUUUCAAUUUUCUCAUUGAUGAAAUGUCUGUUAAUCUCCACAUGCUUAGUCCGAUCAUGAUGGACUGGGUUCUUGGCAAUUGCAAUUCCUGAUUGGUUGUCACACAAUUUUGAUAGAAUCUGAAGUUCCAAUCUUAAGUUCGUUUAGCAGUCGUCGUAACCAAAUUCCUUCACAGAUGCCCAAGGCUAAUGCACGGAACUCAGCCUCAGCACUACUACGUGCUACCACUGCUUGCUUUUUGCUGCGCCAUAUCACUAGAUUACCCAAUAAAUGAGUAGUAUCCUGAUGUAGAUUUUCGGUCACAAAGAGAUCCAGCCCAAUCAGCAUCAUUAUAAACUUCCAAGGUUCGAUUGAUAGUUUUUCUGAACAUAAGUCCCUUCCCUGGAUCCUUCUUCAAGUAUCUUAGGAUGCGGUAGACUGCUUCCAAGUGAUCUACUGAUGGGUUGCUAAGAAACUGACUAACAAUGCUGACAACUAAACUUAUAUAUGGACGUGUAUGAGUUAGAUAUAUCAGCUUACCCACCAUGCGUUGGUAUCGCCCCUUAUCAACUGCCAAUUCAUCUGUUUGAGGCAUUAGUUUGGUAUUAGGAUCCAUAGGAGUUUCAACAGGUUUGCACCCAAUCGUGCCGGUCUCACGCAAUAGAUCUAAAACAUAUUUGCGUUGAGAAACAGAGAUUCCCUGACUGCUUCGUGCCACUUCCAUUCUUAGGAAAUUUUUAGGAAACCCAAGUCUUUGAUCUCGAAUUCCUUAGACAAUUGCACCUUGAGGAGAUUUCUUCUUCAUGAUUUCCUAUGAGAACUAUGUCAUCAACGUAGACUAUCAAAACCGUGAUCCUCCCAUUUGAGAAGUGUUUAACAAAUAGGGUAUGAUCUGCCUGUGCCUGGGAGUAUCCAUCCUUUUUAAGAACCUUUGUGAAUUUGUCAAACCAAGCUCGAGGAGACUGUUUAAGUCCAUAUAAUGCCUUUCUCAGCUUGCAAACCUUCCCCUGUGUCUCCUCAGUCUCAAAGCUAGUAGGUAUAUCCAUAUAGACUUCCUCGAUUAGGUCUCCGUUUAAGAAUGCAUUCUUGACAUGAAGUUGGAACAAUGGCCAAUCCUGGUUAACUGCAAUAGACAAUAAGUCACGAACUGUGUUAGGCUUAGCCACUGGAGCAAAAGUUUCUUGAUAAUCAAUCCCAUAUGAUUGAGUGAACCCUUUAGCCACUAGUCGAGCUUUGAAUCUUUCUACACGUCCAUCUGCCUUUUGUUUAACUGAGAAUAUCCAAUUAUAGCCCACAAUCUUCUUUCCAGGAGGAAGUUUUGUUAAUACCCAAGUACCAUUCUUUUCAAGUGCGGUAUACUCUUCUAAGGUUGCUUUGCGCCAUUCUGGAACCUUUAAAGCCUCGUAAACCGAGUUGGGAAUUGUGAUUUUGUCCAAGGAUGUCACAAAUGUUUGAUAUUUCGGAGACAAAUUUGUGUAAGAGAUGUAGUUACAAAGAGGAUGUUGGGUGCAUGAUCGAACACCUUUUCUCUGUGCAAUAGGAGGGUCUAACUUUGGGUCACAACCUGAAUUUGACUGAGAACCAUAAUCUGCCUCACCUUGUAUUCUUUCAAGUUCGACUUGGCUUAGGAGAGGCCCUUGACCUUGCUGAUUUUGUACAGGAGAAUUAGGAUUGUUCCUUCUGCCAUAAACUUUUACAGCAUUAUCCGGAAGAAGACGUUUAGGAUAGACAGUGGGAGAUUGUUCGAUGGGGAAGAUGGGGAUAUAUGUUGGAUCAAAUCUGAACUUGAAUUUGAAAUUGGAAUAAUUGAAGUAUUAGAGAGAGAAGGCAGAGUGGAGGAAAGCUGUGAUGGUGAAUUCGGUUCAAUGAGUGAUGACCAAUCCCAAUUUUGUGAUUCACUUAUGUUAUUCUCCCCCUGAAUUGCCGAAUUAGAGUAGAAAUGAUUUUCUUCAAAGAAAGUAACAUCCAUGGUAUUAUAAAACUUUCAGGUAGUGGGAGAGAAACAUUUGUAGCCUUUUUGAUUGGAUGAAUAUUCAAGAAAGAUGCACUUAAGUGCACGAGCAUCAAAUUUACCACGAAAUUGAGAAUGAAUAUGAACAAAGACUGUGCAACCAAAAAGUUUGAAAGGGAUUUGUGACACAAGACGUGACGUAGGGAAUAGAUUCUGAAAUGUUUGCAAAGGUGAGUGAAAUUUGAGAACGUGAGAAGGCAUACGAUUGAUGAGAUAUGUUGCAGUGAGAAUAGCCUCACCCCAAUAUUUCUUAGGAACAUUGGCUUGAAAAAGCAGGUACUGAGCAACCUCAAGUACAUGACGGUUUUUAUGUUCAGCCACACCGUUUUGUUGGGGUGUGUCAUCGCAUGAACUUUGUUGAACAACACCAUGAGAUUUUAGAUAAGGACCAAGACUUGAAUUGAAAAAGUCUUUGGCAUUGUCAGUCUUGAGGAUUUGAAUAUUUUCUUUAAACAGGGUUUGGACCAUGACUUGAAAUUGUUGAAAUGUGUUUGGUUUUUGAUUUGUCUUUCAUAAGAAAUGUCCAACAUAAUCUAGUAUGAUCAACUAACAACAGAAACUAUCUAGCACCAGUUAUACUAGGAAUACAGAAUGGCCCCCAAAUGUCACCAUGAAUUAAAGAGAAAGGGUGACUUGGUUUGUAUGAUCGUGGUAAAUAAGUGUUCUGAGUAUGCUUUGUUAAUUGACAAACUUCACAAUGAAAUAAAUUUGGAUUUUUAUUGAUGAAUAGGUAAGGAAACAAAUGUUUCAAAUACAGAAAAUUUGGAUGACCUAGACGAAAGUGCCACUUCAUGAUUUCACUUUCCUUAUUAGAAUGGCUAGCAGACGAGACUAUGACUCAAUUGACAUUGGUAACUGACAAAAUGGUUUGAAGGAGUGUUGACAUCUAGAACAUAUAGGCAUGCACGAAAAUCAGCAUUGCCAAUCGUCCUCCCCGAGCUCAAGUCCUGGAAAAUACAAGAUUUAGGAAGGAAUUUAGUUGCACAGUUUAAGUCACAAUUCAAUUUACUAACAAAUAUAAGAUUACAAUCAAAUUUAGGCACAAAUAACACAGAUUUGAGAGACAGAUGGUUCCUGUUCCAAUCACUUUGGCUCUGUACCAUUGACAAUACACACUGUUUAAAGGCUGGUACAAGAUGAAUAAGUUGUAAAAAGUAAUCUGUCACCUGUCAUGUGAUCGGAUGCUCCUGAGUCAACAAUCCAAGACGAGGAGGAUUUAGCUGCAUGUAGUGCCAAACUGUUGGAGCUUUGUGUGGGAUUAUUGACCUUUUGUAUGAGUUCCUGAAGAAGUUCUAAUUGUUCCUUGCUGAAAGGUGCAGGAUUACCAUGUUGAGAUGCUUCAGAAAAGGCAGCAUGUCCUUUUGCCUCGCGGUCUCGAUUUGGCUUCCAAUCAACGGGCUUUCCAUGCAACUUCCAACAAGUUUCCUUCAAAUGCCCAGGUCUUCGACAAUGAUCACACCAAGGGCAGCCUUUUCUGCCUCGAUUAUCAUAGGUACUUUGGGAAUUAUUUCGAGCAGCAAAAGCGCCUGAAUCUGGUAGGUCUUCUUUGACUGCUGCAAAUGCUAGAAUUUCAGGGUAUGGGUUAGGAUUAGAUUGCCCCAACAUAACCCUUUUUCGACUGUCCUCUCUAAGUACAUCAGAGAAGGCCUCUCACAGACUAGGUAGAGGUUUGGUUCCAAGGAUUCUGCCUCUUACUUCAUCGAGAGACUUGUCGAGUCCCUUCAAGAAUUUGAAGACCCGUUUUUUCUCCACAAUCUUUUUGAAAUAUGCACGAUCUUUAGUACACUUCCAGUCAUGUGUCUCAAAUAAAUCUAGCUGCUGCCAAUAGCAAGUAAGAGUCGUGAAAUAGGUUGUCACAGAAUUCUCACCUUGACAAAGAUCUUGGAGGGUGCUCUCCACAUGAAAUAGUUCGGCUGUGUUCUCGCUGCUAGAGAAUGUUUCUCGUACUGCUUUCUAUAUAUCUUUUGCUGUGGUGUACAACAAAAUUUUUUCUCCUAUCUCAGUUGUCAUGGAACUAAUUAGCCAUGACAUGAUUGAUUGAAGGCUUUCAACAAGCUCUGAGUGACUGUGAUUUAAUUGAUUUGGAGCUGGUGGGUUACCCGUUUACAUGGGAAAGGGGCAGGGGUACAGAAAGAUGGAUUGAAUGUAAAUUGGACAGGGCUGUAGCUUCUAGGACCUGGUUGAAUUUAUUUAAUAUGGCAAGACUUGUAAAUCUUGAACUUUCUUCUUCGGACCACUAGCCGUUGCUAUUGGAGCCGAUUACUCAAGUCAGUCAGGUUCUGAAACAUCGUUUUAGAUUUGAAAAUGCAUGGUUAAGAGAACCGAUUUGCCAUCAAGUGGUGCGUGAUAGCUGGGAGUAAGAUAAGGAUAUGGAUAUUCAGAGCAAGAUUAAACAUUGUAGUGACAUUUUGGGAGUUUGGGGUAAGAAUAUCACAGGCAAUUUCCACAAGAGAAUUCGUCAUUGUAAUCUCAUUUUGUAUAGAUGGAAGGGUCGUAGAGGUGAGGAGGCUAUACGAAGGUAUAAGGAGGCUGAGAAGAAGCUGUUUGAGGUUAUGAAUCAGAAGGAGGUUUAUUGGAGGCAACGAUCCAAACAGUUGUGGCUGAAAGAAGGUGAUCAAACUAAUAAAUAUUUUCCCGCUUCAGCUAGUGCUAGGAGUAAUCAGAUUCAGAAACUGCGAGGGAACGAUGGCAACUGGGUAGACAAAGAAACGGGAUGGCCUGAUCUCAUGGUGGAUUAUUUCAAUAAUUUGUUUACAGCUGCUGAAACAGAUUGGAGUGAGGUGACUGAGUGUAUCCAUCCGACUAUUUCUGAAGAAGAUAACCUUGAAUUGAUUAAGCCGAUAGAAGAUGUUGAAGAUAAAGAUGCUCUUUUUCAAAUGCAUCCGGAUAAAUUGCUAGGGCCUGAUGGUAAGAUCCCUGGUUUCUAUCAGAAGUAUUGGAGUAUAGUUGGGGAGGAUGUUAUAGCUUUAACUAGGAAUUUCUUUGCUCAUGGUGUGCUUCCUCAGGGGUUAAGCGAUACUGUAGAAAUAUUAGUAUAGAAACCUUUGUUAGGAUACCGAAAUUAAUGAUAGGAAUAUUGUAUUUUUAUUUCUUUCCUUGUAUAGAUAUUUUAUUAUUUAUUGUCCUAGUUUUUAGGAUAUUCUGUUCACAACAGAAUUUGAGGAUUGAGUCUUUUCUUUCCUUCUAUAUAUAUUCAUGUUGUGAAUUUUCUAACGUUUAAAAUAUGUGCAAGUAUACACAAUCGGCAACAAGUAAUUCAAUGACAAAGCGUCAAAGUUCGUAUCCACAGGGACUUUUUAACUAAAUUAAUGUAAAAUCAACCAAAAACAACUUAUAAAAUAGUAACCAAAACAAAGGAAAGAGUGGGUAAUUAACUCUGAAAAUAAUUGUAGACAAUAAAGGAAUUAAACCAAAAAUCAGAGAUUAAAAUGACAAAAUACUGGGUGGUUUUCAGAUAUAAGAAAAAUGGAUUCGGGUGAUUAAUUCCCCUCGGUUCGUUCCAGUUGUUACAGCAAUGGCUCAGCAAUUAUGACAGUGUUAACAAAUUUCGUAAAACCCAGCAAGUUUUUCCCAAAACGUGCAAUCUAAUGUCUAUACUCCCCUUCUAUACAUUCCUGCAUGAAAUCAGAUUAUAAACAUUCAUUUAAGCAUCAAUUCUCAAGUUAUGCAAGGUAGCAAAACAUUCCUAUUCUACUACUCAAAAUCACCUAAAACUAGAUGAAUCUUUUGCAUCAAUUGAAUGAAAUCAGCUAGACUUCCCUUUUCCAAGUUAGAUCUAGCUUAGUAAAUGCUAAAAAUGGCCAAUAAUUAACAUUCAAUAACAGUAAAGCACAUUCAAUUGAACAAAGACAUAAUCACUUAGCCAUUGCAUUUAUAUGUUGAGUUCAUACUUGAGGGUUCAUAAUCACCCAAACCCUUAGGAAAUUAGUUCAUAGUUGCAAACUUAAACAUGAAAAUAAUACAGAAGUAAUCCAUGGAGUUUGCAGAAAUUAGAUGAAAUUAAUACAAAGAGAAAGAAAUGGUGUAGGAAGAAUGAGUUAUGAGCUCAAAUCCUCCUUAUGGCAUCAGCCUUCUUCCUUCUCUGUUGGUCGUACUCUUCUUAAAUCUUCUCCCUGAAACCUUCUCUGUACUUAGCCAAAAGUUCUCUCCAUUUCUAAAAAAUGGUCAAUAUCCAAAAAAUACGGCCGCCUCCUUUAAUUCUAGGGUACUUUCCUUUACCCUAAUUGGACAAUCCAGAUCAUUUGCCUACAUGUACUUUGUCCCACAUACUCAGCUGACUCAGUACUCAGUACACUUGCCACCUGGCCGCCUCUUUUCUCUUCAUUUAAUCCAGCUGGAGUAUUUCUUUUUUUUCACGAAGUCCUUUUUCUCUAGCUUCUGUUUAAUUGCUAAGACUGACUGCUACAGCAUUGUUGAGUUAGCAUCCUCCCCUUUUCAGCAACAUUUCCCUUUGAUUCACAGUUCCCUCAGCUCCUGUUUCCUAACCUGAAUAACAAAACAUAAACUACAUAAAUCACUAAAAAUAUGAAAACACAAACACAACUACUCCUAACAUAAAUUUACACUAAUUCGACACCAUUUCAACUAAUUACAAUUCAUUACUCUUUGAUUUGGUUUGAAAAUUAAGUUUAAAGACAUAAAAAUAACUCAAAAUCUUAGAGUUAUCAAUUCACAACUUGUAAACUGUUUCAAAUCAAGUAAUAAAAAUCAUUCAGAAAUUUCUACAUGGUAUCAGAGCUUGCAUCUGAACCCUAGUCUCUUCUCUACCAUUUUCUUCAUCAAUCCCACUCAAUUUCAAUGGAUUCUCCUACUGACUCCACUCCAGUUGAUUCUGUGUCCUCAGAAAAUCGAUAAAAGGUCAAAUUUCGUUCAUUGUGAAGUGUGCCAAUUUGCAAAAUAUACUCGAAAUAUUUUUUCAAGCACUUAAUAUAAACCUUCACAACCUUUUACAAUGAUACACAAUGAUAUUUGGGGACCCUCACGAGUUAAAAAUAAUAAUGGCUCUAGAUGGUUUGUAUCCUUCAUUAAUUAUUCACACUCGAACAACAUGGACUUUUCUCAUGAAAGAAAAAUUGGAAACUGCAUCUAUUUUUAAAAUAUUCCAUUCCAUGAUUCAAAAUCAAUUCAAACAAAAAAUUAAAGUUUUGAAAACUGACAAUGAGAAGGAAUAUUUUAACUCCAUCCUUGGCCCAUACUUGUUGGAUCAAUGAAUCAUUCAUAUUAGUUCAUGUGUUGAUACUCCACAACAAAAUGGAGUAGCCGAGAGGAAAACUAGAUAUCUUCUUGAUGUUUCACGAGCUAUUAUAUUUUCAAAAAAUGUCCCAAAAUUUUCUUGGGGGGAAGCAUUACUUACUGCUACCUACCUAAUUAAUCGUAUGCCCAGCCGUGUGUUACAAUUUAAUACCCCAAGAAAUGUGUUGUUGUCCUUUUAUCCUCAUAUCUCAACCUUCUCCUUAGAGUUACCAUUCAAAGUCUUUGGCUGUUCUGCUUUUGUCUACAUCUACGAUCAUGCAAGAUCAAAACUUGAUCCCAAGUCUCAAAUGUACCUUUAUUGGGUAUUCCAAUACUCAGAAGGGAUACAAGUGUUAUUCUCCAGUUACCAAAAGAGUCUACAACACUAUGGAUGUCACAUUUUUUGAACAUCAGUCUUUCUUUCCAAGGGCUGAUAUUCAGGGGGAGAAUUCAAGGGAAUAUCAGCUUUGGGAAACUCUUCAAGAUAAUCAAGCUGUUUUUUCACAGCCUAAUAUCAUGACACAUGAGCAUCCUACUAUUCCCAAAUCAAUUGAUCUUUUUCCCUCUUCCAGAUCCUCCUAUGCACAGCCAACAAAGUCCCGGUCCAAAUAGUGUUGUCAACCCGUCUACCUCUCCUUUCACAAACAAUCCUUCAGUCAGUAGUCCAUCAGUCAAUCCUCCUUCAAAAAAUGCCAACAAACUUCCAAAUUCAUCACCCCUUCAAAAUCGAGCACAACUUGACGUAGGAAACAAAUAACUUCGUCUUUAUACAAGGAGAAAAGUUGGGAAUAUAGAGGUCAACAUGCAAAACAAGGACUGUUCAGACACACAUCCAAGCUCUCUUGACCUUGAAAACACUGAAGAUUCCCGCAAACAUCUAUGAGGCCUUAAAAGAUCCAAAAUGGAAAAUUGCAGUCGAUGAGGAGAUUAAAGCACUUGAGAAAAAUGGUACGUGGGUUCUCACUGAGUUGCCUCACGAAAAGCGGGCAGUUGGGUGCAAGUGGAUUUUUACAGUUAAAUAUAACUCAAAUGGGAGCGUCAACAGAUUCAAGGACGGUUGGUUGUCAAGGGGUUCACUCAAUCAUACUGGUUGACUAUCACGAGACUUUUGCUCUUGUUGCUAAAUUUAACACAAUAAGAGUUUUGUUAUCACUUGCUCUGAAUUGUGACUGGCCUUUAUAUCAGUUAGAUGUUAAAAAUGCUUUUCUAAAUUGAGAAUUGGAAGAAGUCGAUAUGGAGGUUCCACCAGGACUAGAAAAACACUCCAAAGGUUGGGUAGUGUGCAAACUUCUCAAAUCCCUUUAUGGCUUAAAGUAGUCACCUCGAGCAUGGUUCGAUAAAUUUGCAAAGUUAGUUGUAAAGAUUGGAUACACUCAAUGUCAAGUUGAUCAUACCUUGUUUGUAAAGUUUUCUCCAAUAGGGAAGCUGACAAUUCUCAUUGUUUACGUAGAUGACAUUAUCCUAUCUGGAGAUGACUCAGGUGAAAUUUUGAAUCUCAAAAGACUUCUUGCCUCAGAAUUUGAGAUAAAAGAUCUAGGACAACUCAAAUACUUUCUUGGAAUGGAGGUAGCCCGAUCUAGAGAUGGAAUUAUUAUAUCUCAAAGAAAGUAUAUUCUUGAUCUUUUAAAGGAAACUAGAAUGAUUGGGAGCAAACCUGCAGACACUCCAAUGGAUCCAAACUUGAGAACCAAUCGAAGUGGAGAAUCAAUUCCAGUAGAGAGGGGGAGUUAUCAAAGAUUAGUAGGAAAAUUGAUCUAUCUCUCUCAUACUAGGCCUGAUAUUGCUUUCUCUGUCAUUGUAGUUAGUCAACAUAUGCAUAAUCCUUGUGAGGAGCACUUGGAAGCCGUCUAUCGAAUUCUAAGGUAUCUAAAGAUGACUCCAGGUCUUGGUUUGCACUUCAAAAGGCACAACAAUCGAGACUUAGAGAUUUACACAGAUUCCAGUUGGGCUGGAGAACUAACUGACAGAUGAUCAACUAGUGGCUACUGCACCUAUGUUUGGGGUAAUCUUGUUACCUGGCGAAGCAAAAAACAUUCAGCUGUUUCAAGAAGUAGUGCAGAGUCAAAAUAUCUUGCAUUGGCCCUAGGUAUAUGAAGGGAUGUGGAUUAAAAGAUUGAUGAAUGAGUUAAGAAAUGACUCUUCUGAGGGGUUUAAAAUGUACAGUGAUAGUCAAGUUGCUAUUAGCAUCGCUAAAAAUCCAGUUCACCAUGACAGAACAAAACAUGUUGAAAUAGACAGGCACUUCAUCUCUAAAAAGGUGAAUUCGAAGAUUGUACAACUCAACUAUAUUCCUACAAAGAAUCAAAUUGCAGACAUCCUAACAAAAGCUCUACCAAGAACAAGCUUUAAGGAAUUUAAUUCCAAGCUGGGUUUGUAUAAUAUAUACAACUCAGCUUACAAACCCAGCUUGAGUGGGAGUGUAGAAAUAUUAGAAUAGAAAGCUUUGUUAGGAUAUCGAAAUUAAUGAUAGGAAUAUUGUAUUUUUAUUUCUUCCCUUGUAUAGGUAUUUUAUUAUUUAUUGUCCUAGUUUUUAGGAUAUUUUGUUCACAACAGAAUUUGAGGAUCGAGUCUUUUCUUUCCUUCUGUAUAUAUUCACAGCUUGUAAACAGUUUCAAAUCAAGUAAUAAAAAUCAUUCAAAAAUUUCUACAGAUACUAAUGUGGUUUUGAUUCCAAAAAGGAGGAACCCGGAAACAAUGGGGGAUCUAAGACCCAUUUCUCUUUGCAAUGUUCGUUACAAGAUCAUCUCAAAAGUGAUUGCAAAUAGAAUGAAGUCGAUGCUUUCACAUAUUAUCUCAGAUGCUCAAAGUGCGUUCUUUCUUAGAAGACUCAUUAUUUACAAUAUUAUGGUCUCAUUUGAGAUCAUGCAUUAUCUAAAGCGUGAGGCAAGGAAAUGAAGGUUACUUAGUUGCGAAGCUGGAUAUGAGUAAGGCCUAUGAUCAUCUGGAAUGGCCGUAUCUAAGGGCUGUCUUACACAGGAUGGGCUUUUCAGAAAAAUGGGUGCAGCUUAUUGACACUUGCAUGACUUCAGUGACUUACGGGCUUGUGACUUCAGUGACUUACAGGAAUUCGUCAAGGGGAUCUUUCAUCUCCCUAUCUGUUUAUUAUCUAUGCUGAAGGGUUGUCUGCAUUAAUCAGGAAAUUUGAGUCUAGAGGUUGGCUUCAUGGCUGUAGGGUGGCUAGUGGAGCACCAGUAGUAUUUCAUAUGUUAUUUGCUGACAAUAGUUAUCUUUAUUGCAAGGCAAUUGAGGAGGAAGCGAGGAAUGUUAUGAGGUUGCUUAGGCAGUUUGAGAAUGCAUCUGGUCAGCAGAUAAAUCUGGCAAAAUCAUCAUUAUUUUUUAGUGCCAACGUGGAUAGUGUGGAGAGAAGUCAAGUGUGCUACCUGAUGGGGAUAGUGAAGCGGGAGAUCAUAGUAGCUACUUGGGUUUGCCAAACACUAAGGGUCGUAAUAAGUCUGUUAUUCUGGGCUUUCUAAAAGAGAGGAUCAGGAAGCGCAUACAGAGUUGGGAUGGUAGACUUUUGUCUGGAGCAGGUAAAGAGGUUCUCAUCAAAACUGUGGUUCAAUCCUCACCUAGUUAUGCCAUGAGUGUUUUUCUCUUGCCAGUAGGGAUUUGCAAGAAUGUAGAGAGAAUGAUGAGUAAAUUUUGGUGGAGUUCCUCAAAUAGAAGAGGAAUAUCUUGGAUGAGUUGGGAGCGUAUGUCUGUUCAUAAGAGUAGGGGUGGUAUGGGUUUUCGAGAUCUAAGAGAUUUCAAUCUUGCUCUCUUAGGAAAGCAAGGGUGGAGAUUGGCUACAAGGCAAGGAGGUUUAGUGGGGCAAGUUUUUAAAGCUAGGUACUAUCCCAAAAGCUCAUUCCUGAAUGCGAAUUUGGGGAGUAAUCCAAGCUUUAUUUGGCAGAGCAUAUGGGAAUCACAACAACUACUAAGGGUGGGAAUGCGGUGGUGCGUGGGGUCUGGUGCAAAGAUAAGAAUUUUGAAUGAGCCAUGGCUGCCUAAUGAAUCUAAUGCUUACAUUGUCACUCACAAUCUGGCCUUGGAAAAUAACACGGUGGACAGUCUUCUAUUCCUGACCACUGGCAUUGGACUAAAGAAUUUUCAGGUGUGUAUUCAGUCAAGAGUGCCUAUAAGUUAUUGCAGGAAUUGAAAGGUAGGUGGAGGCCAGAUGAUAAUUCAGGAUUUUGGAGGAAAUGGUGGCAUCUAAAGAUCCUGCCCAAAGCAAAAAACUUACUGUGGAGAGCCAGUACAGGUUGUAUUCCACAUUGGUGCAGCUAGCGUCAAAGCAAGUGAAUGUGCAAACAGCUUGUCCCUUUUGUCAUGAGGAACCCGAGACUAUUAUGCAUGGUUUAGUUACUUGUUUUUUUGCUAAACAAUACUGGAGGAGGUCUAUUCUUGGGUUUAUUUCAGGACAGGCUGCAAGUUUUGGGGAAUGGUUGGAAGAGGUAUUUCGGGUGGGUAGUUCAGAAGGCAUUGCUGAAGCAGGUAUGUUAUGUUGGCAACUGUGGAAGGCUAGAAAUGAGCUUGUGUGGCAACAACAAGCUUCUUCGGUUGAGAGAGUAGUCUUAUCAGCUAGAACGACUCUUGAUCAUUGGAUUAGUGCUCAAAAGGAAUCUUUAUUGCCUUCUCUAGGUGUUUUAUCUCCUAAUGAAGGAAGUGAGCAUUGGACCAAAUCAAGUGUUAUUAUGAUUAAGAUUAAUUUUGAUGGUGCUAUUUUUGAAAACGAAUCAAGGUAUGGGGUCGGUUUUGUUGCUAGAGGUCAUGAUGGUCAUCUUAUAGAGGCCAAGAUGAAGAGCAAUGCAGGGUGUUUGACUUCGGCGGUGGUAGAGGCAAUAAGAGUCAAGGAGGCACUUAGUUGGAAAAAGGAUCACAAUUGGCAGCAAGUUGUGCUUGAGGCAGAUAGUUUGGUUGUGGUGCAAGCAAUCAGGAAUCCUUAUACAAUGGCCUCCCCUUUUGGGCUUUUGAUUGAUGAUUGUAGAUCUCUUUUAUUCAAUUUAAAUCAUGUGUCUUUGGUGUUUGUUAAACGGUUUGCCAACAAGGUAGCUCAUUUCCUAGCUAGAGCUUCUUGUUCUUAUCCAAAUCGUAGUAUUCAAGAGACAGAUAUUUCUCCUGAGUUGUAUACUCUUUUACAGAGUGAUCUUUUUGAGUAAUGAAGUUUGAUUAUUUUAAAAAAAAAAGAUUCUAAACGUCCAAUGCAAAAAAAACAUCUUUUUUUUUUCUUUUUUCUUUUCAUUCAACUUUUUUUCUUCAUCUGGAAGAUAGUAAGAAAAACUGUCUGAAACUAUAAGCAGUUUUUUUUUUCCCAUUUUAAGAACUUAAACACUAUAAAUACUAGUUCAAACUACACCAAACCAUCAAAACCAAUCAUCUAUCAGAGAGAAUGAAUCUUCAGCUUCAACUGCAUGCACAUAGCAGUAGCCAUAACCUUUCUCUUUCCAAUGGCCAUUUCUUCCAUGGAAACCAUCCAAAAACUACAAUAUUCUCCCAUUUCAAAUCACGUUUUGCACUUUAAAAAAGAAAUCUCACGUUUUGCUCCUCAACAGUCUAACAAAGCUUAUUUUCCCAUAAAACAAACACCUCCAUUUUCCACACAUCUCUUCAAGUAGUUGUGUAUUUAUUCAAUAGAAUAGUAUGUAUUUAUAUACAAAAUUAGAGAGACUAAAUAGGAAACUAACUAAAUACAAUUAACUCUAAUUUCUACAACUAAUAUACAGCUAAUAUAUUCUAACACUGCUUAUCCAGUAGAAAAUGAUCGUACUGCAGAGUCUCCAGCCAAGAUGCUUCGACGAAUUCUGAGCU